GAGAGAGUGUUAUCAAGAAACGUGAGCUUGGUGGCGUUUGAUGAUUACAAAAUAGCCAAAUUUCGACCUCUUAUGGAUCAUGAAGAAAACUUUGGCUAAAUGAUUUGUUUGAGAUGAAAGAGUCAAUGAAACGAACCAUUUUGCUCUAUUUCUGAAGCACUUGGUUUCGGUGGAUACGACGGUUUUCGGAAUAGAAUAGCUUGAGUUAAGAUGUUUUUCAAAAAGUGUGUCAGUUAAGGCUGAAAUAACUCCAAUUUUCAGAAGGGCAUGUGACCUGCAGGUAUGAGACACGCUUGGGUUUGAGAUCUGGUGGGUAUACAUGGGUUAUUUCAGAUAUACAGCGCUAAUCCUCAUGGUAUGCAUAGUGUUGAUCAGCAGACCAUGUAAAUGUAACACCACUCCAAAUUCUCCAAUUUUCAAGGGAAAGCACUCAGUCUGGUUGCAGUGUGCCUAUGUUAAUGUUGAUGUUUAAUUUGAUCCUUGCUACGCUUUGGCUGUUCCUUUGUUCUGUGUAUAGUUAUUUUUGUUAUUAACAAUGUAAGUUGUAUGAAACAAACAGCAAAUUGUACCAAGGAAUAUUGAAUCAUAACAUAACUUCUAAAAUGAUCUUAUUUCUGUCAUGUUUUAGGCCAAGUAAUACCCCCGGGGAGGGGGGAGGGCACUGCCAUAUGUGGGCUUUAUAGUUUCUUAUGGCAGAAAAACCAGAGGAUUUAAAUCUUCCUAAUGCAGUGAUUUCACGCCUGGCCAAGGAAGCACUUCCUGAAAAUGUCAACAUUUCCAAAGAAGCUAGAACUGCCAUUGGAAAGGCUGCCAGUGUAUUUGUUCUGUAUGCAACAUCAUGUGCCAACAACUUUGCACAAAAGCAGAAGAGGAAAACUCUGACAGCACCUGACGUAUUUGAAGCUUUAGAGGAAAUGGAUUUUGAGCAGUUCAUAAAACCUCUAAAAGAAAGUCUGGAAUUAUUCAGAAAGGAACAGAAAGGCAAGAAAGAGGCAGCAGCAGAAACAAAGAGAAAGAAAAGUGACACUGCAAGUGAACCAGAACCUGAGUCCAAACGCCAAAAAACAGAAUCUGACAACAAAGACAAAUCGAAAGAAAAUGAAAACAAAGAAGCUGAUAAAGAAAAAUAAAAAUGGUAAAGAUCCAUAGGUAGUAUGGAUAUUUUAACAUCAAACAUUUUACUUCAGAAAAGAAUGACUUGCAUUAUAUUUAAUAAGUACAUUGUUGAGCCAUCAAAGCUUCAGCAUUGCAUAUCACAAGGAUCUUGCUGGAAGAAUUGACUAUGAUUCAUAGAAACCAAGAGGGAUCGGGGUGCAAAGAAAACCAAUUUUGAAGCUUGCCCUUCAGGAAAAUUGUAACAGUGCUGUGAUGUACUAGCCUGAAAGUCAUUCUCACUAGCCACCAAAAAUUCCAUCUCUUAUAGUUCCAGUUCUUCUGUAAUUUGAAUUUCCUCUAACAUUUUUCCAAGGAACUUCACUUGCCUGUCGGGCAAGUACAGGACAGAAUCCACCAGCCUGGCUGCAAAACCCACUAGCCCAGUGGGCUAUUGGAGAUGACUUUCUUUGCAUGCAAGGAAGUAGUCAAAAUAAUAUAAACACCAUAAAGGACAGUCAGGGUGCAAAGCUGUAUGUUACGAGGAUGUCGUUUUCACUAACCCGCCCCCUCCCUGCACCCCUAAAACAACAUCCCCACUAGCACAAUUGAUCUUUCUUUGCACGCUUGAUAUAAGUAAUGUGAUAACAACUGAUUUUGGGCAGGCGAAGAGCCACCCUGUGGAUAUACUGCCCGAAAUGCCAUUAUUAUUAUUAUUAUUAUUAUUAUUAUUAUUAUUAUUAUAACUGAUCCACCUAGAUUAGCCCAAUGCUAUCAGCGGAGCAGUUUUACAUUUGUAUUAAUUUCCAAAUGCAACUGAAAUAAAGUGUGUAACCUCAGUAUUCCAAAAGCUAUAAUUUAAGGUAUUUUUAAGCAAAAAAAGAAUCGUCCAUUUGAAGGCAACAUACAUGCAAUUGUUUUCUAUUAAGAUUCCUCAUUGAAUGCACUGUGUCUAGUAACAGGUGCUAGCAUACAUGUACAAGAGAUGAAGCGAGGUCCGAAGCUAACUUUCAGCCAAUUAUGACCAAGCGAAGGUCUUAAUGUUUAGUGUGGCACUGUUUAAGAAUUGCACAAAUUUACUUUCUCUUUAGAGGAAUUAGCAUUUGCAUUUAUAAUGAAUCUGAAAGAAAUGUGUGUUCAUGGGUAUAAUGGUAAAACUACGGUUAUAUGGAAUUAAUUGGUGUCAACUUUAUUUAUGGUCAAAUUCUUUGAAAUAAACUUUUUUUCAAACAUAUUUGUACUUGUAAAUGGCUGCAAAUGAAUAGCUGAUCCUAAAACAAGGCACAGACUUUGAUUUAGCAGUACAGUUGAACCCUGUACUCAUUAGAGAUGGCAGGAUUUCAAGAUAGCCAAUAGUUAACAACUGAAAAGUUUGUACCGGUAUAUCCAAGGGAAAUUGUUCAAGAUCUACUGUCAGUUGUUGAUUCUUUGAACAAGGAUGCAUGCAGGAUACUCAUCAAGUCUUAUUACCAUGUGUGAUUGAAAAAAAAAAACCUUUCAGAGUCAGGUCCUUUGAAGGCGAUGAGUUUUUGCUGCUAACUUGCUUUAAAUACUUACGUGUUGUAUAAAGGUGGCUUCUUAGUGUACAUGUAAAUUACAGUUCAUGAAGUUGUGUUCUAAUCAAUAAAAUGUUCUGAUAAUACUUU